GGCGAGUGGGCGAAAGGUGAGAGUCAGAUUGGGCGUCUUUGUUUCGAAACCCUAAACCGAAAACGAAUUGGGGCCAAAAUUAAAUCCACUCGCCCAACCCCCUCGCGUGUGAGAUCUUCGCACUCUUCUCCCUCCCCAGAUCUUCCAAGCUUUGUCUCCUCUCCUUCUCCCUCCUUCUUCCAUAUGUAAUUCAAACACACCACCUUUACAUAUAUCCCAGAUAUUCUCUGAUGAUCAUCAGUUAAAAUUAAAUAGUCUCACCAUGGACAUAGACCUUCGGCUACCUUCUGGUGACCAUGAUAAGGAGGAUGAAGAGCCAAAUGCAAUUGAUAACAUGCUGGAACAUGAAGAAAAGAUGCACAAUGGAGAUAUUGAGAGUGCACAUAUUGUGGAUGAUAGGGAUGAGGUACAUGCUGAAGAUGGGGGAGAUUUGAAUUCUCCCACAGCAGAUAUGGUAAUCUUCAAUGAGGACACAAACCUUGAGCCGCUUUUUGGGAUGGAAUUUGAAUCACAUGGUGAAGCAUACUCUUUCUAUCAGGAGUAUGCUCGCUCUAUGGGAUUCAACACUGCCAUCCAAAACAGCCGCCGCUCAAAGACAUCAAGAGAAUUCAUUGAUGCAAAGUUUGCUUGUUCCAGAUAUGGUACCAAGCGUGAGUAUGACAAAACCUAUAAUAAUAAGCCACGGGCCAGACAGAGCAAGCAAGACCCAGAAAAUGCAACUGGUCGGAGAUCAUGUUCAAAGACAGACUGCAAAGCUAGCAUGCAUGUGAAGAGAAGAUCAGAUGGGAAAUGGGUUAUACAUAAUUUUGUGAAGGAGCAUAAUCAUGGGCUUUUACCAGCUCAAGCAGUCAGUGAACAAACAAGAAAGAUGUAUGCUGCAAUGGCUAGACAAUUUGCUGAAUACAAGAAUGUUGUUGGUCUGAAAAAUGAUCCAAAAAAUCCUUUUGAUAAAGGUCGGAAUUUGUCAUUAGAGGCAGGAGAUUUGAAGAUGUUGCUUGAAUUUUUUACUCACAUGCAGAGUAUGAAUUCCAACUUCUUCUAUGCCAUAGAUCUGGGAGAAGAUCAAUGUCUCAAAACUUUAUUGUGGGUUGACGGCAAAAGUAGGCAUGAUUACAUCAAUUUCAAUGAUGUAGUGUCAUUGGAUACCACUUAUAUUAGAAGCAAAUAUAAGAUGCCUCUUGUUUUAUUUGUUGGUGUGAAUCAACACUAUCAGUUUGUGCUGCUGGGAUGUGCCUUGGUCUCAGAUGAAUCUGCAACAACAUUCUCUUGGCUAAUGCAGACAUGGCUGAAAGCUAUGGGUGGACAAGCUCCAAAAGUCAUUAUCUCUGAUCAUGACCAAUCAAUAAAAUCAGUUGUUUCAGAGGUCUUUCCAAAUGCUCAUCAUUGUUUUUGUUUGUGGAAUAUUUUGGGGAAGGUUUCAGAAAAUCUUGGUCAUGUAAUUAAACGUCACGAGAAUUUUCUGGCGAACUUCGAAGAAUGUAUUCACAGGCCAUCUACAACUGAAGAGUUUGAGAAAAGAUGGUGCGACAUUGUUGAUGAAUAUGAACUUAAAGAUAAUGAGUGGACUCAGUCAUUGUAUGAAGAUCGAAAGCAUUGGGUACCAACAUACAUGACAAAUGUUUGCUUGGCAGGGAUGUCUACAGUUCAGCGAUCUGACAGUGUGAACUCCUUUUUUGAUAAGUAUGUUCAUAAGAAGACCACUGUGCAAGAGUUCUUGAAACAGUAUGGAGCAAUUCUACAAGAUAGGUAUGAAGAGGAAGCCAAAGCAGAUUCUGAUAUGUGGAACAAACAGCCCACAACAAAAUCUCCUUCCCCAUUGGAGAAGAGUGUCUCCUUGAUAUAUACACCCUCAGUACUGAAGAAAUUUCAAGUGGAGGUUUUGGGUGCAAUUGGCUGUAAUCCUAAAAGGGAUAGACAAGAUGAGAUGACCACUACCUACAGAGUACAUGAUUGUGAAAAGAAUCAAGAUUUCACUGUAGCAUGGAAUGAAAUGAAGUUAGAAGUUUCGUGUUCAUGCUGCUUAUUUGAAUACAGAGGUUAUCUUUGUAGACAUGCUUUAAUUGUUCUCCAAAUGUGUCAGAUUGGUACAAUCCCAGAUCAGUAUAUAUUAAAGCGUUGGACAAAAGAUGCAAAGAGCAGGCAUUUGGUGGUGCAGGAACCUGGCGAUGUACCUUCCAGGGUGCAAAAAUUCGAUGAUUUAUCUCAGCGCGCUAUGAAGUUAAUUGGGGAAGGAUCUCUGUCACAGGAGAGUUACACUAUUGUAUGUCAUGCACUAGAAGAAGCUUUUGGAAAUUGUUUGGCUGUGAAUAAUUCUAGUAAGAGUCUGGUAGAAGCUGGAACAUCAGGCACUCAGGGCCUGCCUUGCAUUGAAGAUGAUAUUCAAAAUAGGAGUAUUGGCAAGGGUAGUAAGAAAAAGAAUCCAACCAAGAAAAGAAAGGUGAACUCUGAGCCAGAGGUCAUGACUGUUGGAGCACAAGAGAGCUUACAACAAAUGGAUAAAUUGAACUCAAGAGCGAUAACCAUCGAUGGUUAUUAUGGUGGACAACAGAAUGUGCAAGGAAUGGUUCAAUUGAACUUAAUGGCACCUACACGGGACAAUUACUACGGGAAUCAAGUCAAUCAACAGACUAUUCAGGGGCUUGGCCAGCUGAAUUCUAUAGCCCCAAGCCAUCCAAGCCAUGAAAGUUAUUACAGUGCUCAGCAAAGCAUGCAUGGGCUGGGACAAAUGGAAUUUUUCCGAACCGGUUUUACUUACAUUCGGGAUGACCCCAAUGUAAGAACAGCUCCAUUGCACGAUGAUGCAUCAAGACAUGCUUGACAGUACAUAUUCAUUGCUAACUGACGGUUAAGGAGGAGAUGCGUUAAAGAUGAUCUCUUUUGUAAAAAUGAAAAUGUAUCAUGCCUUGUUGCUGGUGUACAAUAUUUAUGAUGGAAACGCCAUUUGGUACCUGUAAAAUAGGACAAGAUAGAGUAGGCUGUUGUUAAGUAACUUAUAAACUAUUAUGUCUUCUCAUAGGAAGAUAGAUUUAAACUAUUUGAGCAGGGUUCAUAUAUUUUGUAAAGGUUGUUGUAUUUGUUGUAUCUCUGAUUCCUUUGCCUCAGUAGGGUCAGUUGAAAUCUGGAAAGACAUAACCAGUCACUGCCAUUGACUGGUGCCAAUUGAAGUUUUCCUUUCAUCUUCAA